UGUCAAAACUUCGCGUUGUGUGUACCAGCCUUGUUAUUACGCUAUCGACGCGUUCUCGUUGGGUAAAAUGGUUUCAGAAAAAUAGUUCCAUAGCAAUUCAAAACAAAUCAUUUGCAUCCAAACACUGACCAGCAAACGGUGCAGGGCGACAACAUGUUGUCCAGGAAAAGUAAAGAUAAGUCUAUUAAAGAAGGUGUGGUAGGUAAAUACGUGAAAAAAGACACGCCACCGGAAAUACCAACUGUAAACGUGUGGACCGCGGAGCAGAAUAAAAGCAAACUCGCUAAAGCCAGAAGGAGCUCGCAGCAGAUUGUUUCCAAUGCCGGUCAGCCACCGGGUCUUCCUCUGACUGCUAACAGCAGCAAUAUUCAAAAUCUGCAAAAGUUCGGUAACUCCAAGGUGUUGACGAAAGUAGGAGGGCUUGGCCACGAAGGAAAGUAUACACCUAGCAAUAAUAUUCCGAAUUUGGCUCAUAAGUUUGGCAGCAUAAAUCUGAACAACGAUCCAUCCAAUGGACUUAAUUUGAUGAACGGCAAUACAAAACAUCUUCCCAUGAUGCUGAUAAAAACCCCGACUACUUCCAUGGGCCUUCCGGUUCCGAUGAACGACGUAAGAAACAACAAUAGCCACGGAAAUUACGUGGACAUCGAUACGAUUGAUCAGAUCCUAAUGCAGCAAAGCGAAGCGAACCUGUAUCGAUUGCAACAACAGCAGCAGCAAAUGUUCCAACAACAAGAACAUGAACAAAAGCAGUUGCAGCAGCAACAACUUCACCACCAAGCACAGCAGCAACAGCAACUGGAGCUGCAGGAACAACAGCGUCAGGAGCAGCUAGAAAUGCAUGAGCAUCACGAGCAGCAAGAACAAUUGCAACAUCUGGAGCAACAACAGCAAGAACAACAGGACCAUCAGGCUUUGAAUAGCCAGCGAUAUGGUUCCAACUUUGAACGAAAACUAUCCUACAACCAACAUCACACAAACAACCACAGGAAUGGUUUUGACAACUAUGGAAAUAUAUUGCGUAACGGAAGUCCCGUCGCAUCAUCUGGCUCCUCCGGAAACAGUUUAACAAAUGAACAGACCCUUUUUAUACGCCAUUAUUCAACCCGUCAAACUCCGCAGCUGCAGCCUUCGGCACAACAGCCGAACAAUCAGCAACCGCAGAACCAACCAGAGACGAUGCAGCAGGAUCAUCUGUAUCCAAUUUAUGAAAACCAAUCCCAACUGAUCGGUCGACCCGAAUCGCCAAUUUAUAGUAACACGAACUCCGGUACGAUAUACCAGAAUUACAACAGUAACAACUCGUCACACCAAUCGCUCUAUUCGAACGUGUGCGUUAGUGGACAGUCGGGAGGUGAAACUGGGAGCAGCAACAGUCCGGGACUUACACAGUCGCAAGCAUUGCAGGCAACAUCGCUCCAAGCCCAAGCCCAGCCACUGUAUUCAAAUAUGAUAAUAGGCACAAACAAGCCUAAUAGUGUUACAUACGGGGAGGUGGUUUUACGUACUGCACGGCUUGGUACGGCAAGUGCGACCGGUGGUGCAGUGCCAGGACAACGAAGUAUUACUCAGAGUUCGGGUGGUCCGCAACAACCCGAUGGAGACAGUGGUGAAGAGGAACUGAUGUUACCACCUGGUUGGUCCGUGGAUUACACGCUAAGAGGUAGAAAGUAUUACAUUGAUCAUAACACUAAAACAACACACUGGGCUCAUCCGCUCGAUAGAAAGGCUCUACCAACGGGAUGGCAAAGAAUAGAAGCGGCACGUUAUGGAACGAUUUUCAACUAUUUUGGUAACCAAGAACAAACUCUGCCAUACUUGGCCUCAUGCUAUCUAACGCAUGCACCGGCUGUGGAAAUUCCUCGACCGAUUGUACCGCAUUUUCCUCGUCAUAGUGCCUUAGUACCGGCGAAUCCAUACAACACGGAAAAGGUCCCAGAAUGGUUGUUUCUCUAUGCAAAAUCUUCAUCGGAGAAAGAUCAUAUCAUAAAAUGGGAUAUGUUCCAGCUACAGCAACUAGAAGAUUUCCUUGGCAUCAUGAAAAAGUUGUAUCGCCAAGAGUGCAACAUUAUCGUUGCAAAAUACGAAGUGAUCAGGAUACAGAUACACUCGCGAAUGCAAGAGCUUCGGCGGAUGUAAUCGAACUGGAUGGAACCUCUGUAUCAGUGCUUUGAAAAAGAAAAAUGUGAUAUCAAACAGUUCCUUCGUCGAAGAUUUGCAUUACCCAUGAGGCAUAUCUAGAGCAAUGCAGAUGCACUAUCAUCACAUCACACUAAACUACCCUUCGCUCGAUAAUAUGCUGGUGCAUAUUUAUUGGCGGUCCAGAUUUUCAAAAAUCACUCCACUACACGACUAGAUUGUGUAGCAUGCUAUAGCGUAUUUAAAAAAAAGCGACACGGAUACAUCUUUCAUAUAUCAUUAUUAUUUUUACACGAAUAAAGUAAAUAUUUCAUACAAAGCGCUA